CUAGUGGAUGAUUACCUAGUUAUUUUCUCGAGAUUUCAAUGUGAGCUAUUAUGGAGCUUACGCUGAUUGCCAUCCGAACUGCUAUAGUGCUGUCAAUUAGCACCACACUGGCCAUUAUCGCCGUUGGACUCCGCCUAUGGUCUAGGAAACUGAUGGGAACGCCUCUUGCGUUCAACGACUACAUGGUAAUUAUUGCCACGAUUCUGGCUCUUGGAGUAUAUUCAAAUGCCAUGAUAGAAGUCUUUACCGGAGGCAUUGGUCAUCAUGUCAAGGAUAUUAUGGAGAAAGAUCCAAAUCUGAUUACUCUCUACUUGAAGUCAUUCACAGCUGCCCAGUUACUCUGGGCUGCCUCGAACACUUGCGUUAAGUUCUCGAUACUAUCAUUAUAUAUGAUCAUAUUCCCAGGCCCUAGAUUUGCGCAUUGCUGCCGCGGCUUAAUGGCUAUCACCAUAGUUUAUUUUAUCAGCGUGGUGGCAGAGUCUUUCGCCCUUUGCCAUCCAGUGGAGUUCAACUGGUACAAAACUAUUCCAGGAGCCUGGUGCGAAAAUCAGGGCCUUUCUUACCUUAUUGCUGGGAUUACCAAUCUAGUUAUUGACGCAUCUAUCGUGAUAUUGCCAAUGCCUAUGCUAUUUAGUUUACGCUUGACGCUGCUAAAGAGAUUUGGUGUUGCCGGCAUGUUCAGCCUCGGGGCGGUCAUAUGUGUAUUGUCUCUCCUAAGGGUUUUGUGGCUUAUAUCAUGGGACGUUAGUGACUUGACAUAUGGAGUUGGCUUAGGAACGAUCUACUCUACUCUUGAACCAACUCUUGGAAUCGUGAAUUCCUGUCUUCCAGUCAUCAAACCUUCCCUUAAACGGAUAUUUGCUGCUAAUAGUGGUGAUUGGACUAAGAAGGUUCUGAAGAGGUCCACAGCAACAGGAAGUCAAGACACCAGUACUCCGCCCGCCAUAGGUCCCCUCAGUCAUGGCUUCGAGCGACUCGACGACAGCAUUCCCCUCGCUAACGUCCGCGCCCAUACUCGAACAAACAACACUAGCAGGUGGGACAAUACAGAGGAUAUAAACAACAUCCUAAUUACACGGGAAUGGGAAGUGAAUCGCUCUGUCUUAGGCCGCGGGGAGGGUCUUUCAUAUGGGUUAUAAGCUAUAGAUCAAACGGCAGCGGGAAAGAUACGGGACCACGGAAUGGUUCAGUUCAUGUACAUAUAUUCGCUUCUUCGUAUAUACCUACCUAGGUAGGUAUGGAGGCUUCCACAUCUUUCAUUUCACGAACCGACAUUUUACCUUCGUACCCAAACACACAAACACAAAAUGCACACAUCUCUUAGGCUGGACACAAUGAUAGUCAGGUU